AAUAGCGUCUGUGUGAGACUUUUAGAAACUGUCCAAUCAACAAACAGGUUAAAACGGGUUGGUUUGUAGAGUUUAGUUUUCAUAGGAAAUGCUCAUAGCUCCAAGUUUGGGAAAGUCUUUCAGCAGCCUACCCAUAGUCCAAUGCGGGCGUUUUUUAACUUGAAAAUCCAGUGAGGUAUUGGAGUAAAAUAAAAAAUAAAAGUCUUACCUCUUGUGUAAUGUAGAAAGAAAUAUGGCCGAGCCUUUAUGUGUUUCUACCCAUGAGAAUAAAAAAAGCUACCCAUGAGAACUCUUUCUACAUCAUCCCAAAGCAUCCUGCUGCCAUCCCACAGCUAUGACUCCCAGGUUUGAGAAAAGGAGACUUACAGAUAUUCUCUGCUGCUGUUCCACUGGCGUUCCUCUUUCAUCAACCUAUAGCACUUUAGGGUGAGGGAGCAUUUGCUAGUAAGCCUAUCUCUAUGUGCAACUGGAAAAAAAGCAGUGGGUUGGGUUGCUCGGAGUGUCAUAAAAGCCUUUAUGGCCUCUUAAAAGGAAGAGACCACACUCAAGAAUCAACUGGAUCCAGGCUGGCACCAGACUGCAAAGCAAAGUGGCUAACGAUAAAAAAUAAGAAACUGGAGUGAAGAUGUUUAAGAUUCGCAAAGCAAAGGAUGAGCAGCCAACUGCUCCUGGGCAGGUGAAAAUUAAAAAGAAGUCCCGGGUGCCUGGAGUUAUGAUCACUCAAUAUGUGGAAGAAUUACCAGAUGGCAUGACCACUCCAGAUUUCACUCGGAAACCUAUCGCUCUCACGAUUCAAGAAGGAAAAAUGGCCUUUUUCAGAGCUAUAGUUACCGGUAAUCCAACACCAACUGUCACCUGGGUGAGAAAUAAUGGGGAAAUCGAUGAGGAGAGAUACAAGUUUGCAUAUGAUUCAGUUUCUGGUGAACAUCAGCUACAGAUGCCCAAUGUAUGCGCAGAUCAAUCGGAUACCUACAAAUGUUAUGCUAGAAAUCAGUUUGGAAAAGCACUUGUAACUGUUACUCUCAAUGUCAUUGAAAUUGGCUAUAAGAAGAGCAAAGCGAUGAAAGAAUCCAGAACAGCAAUCCGAGAGUUACCCGAAGACUUCAAAAAGAACUUGAGAAGCACGGCGGACAUAGAACCCAAGGAAGAGAAAAAGCGGGAAGUUGAUGACCAGUUCUGGGAACUGUUGAUGAGUGCAGAUAAGAAAGACUAUGAGAGCAUUUGUGCUGAAUAUGGGGUCACCAAUUUCCGUUGGAUGCUAAAGAAGCUAAAUGAGAAGAAGAUACAGAGAGAGCAGGAGCAGGAGAAGGUUGUUGAAAAGCUCUGUAACCUGAAGCCUAUUGAACUGAAACCUACUGGUGCUGCAGAGUUUGAACUUGAGAUGUCACUGAAAGACCCAACCAGCAAAAUCUUUUUAUUCAAGGAUGGAGUUAUGAUUCCUUUUGAUGUCGACACCGAGGUGAAACACGGACUUAAGAGAGUAGGAAAGAAGUUUGUGUUUAGCAUCAAUGGAGUUAAUCCUGAAGAUGCAGGAUUAUACCAACUGGAAAUUGAUGGAGUUAAAAUAUUCUCAACUGAAUUAAAAAUUCCAGAUGUGGACUUCUUGGUUAAGAUUCAAGAUGUGAAAGCAGAGGAAAGAGAGGAUGCAGUGUUCCAGUGUGUGCUCUCACAUCCAAUGAAAAAAAUCACUUGGAUGGGGAAAAGUAACCCAGUGGAGCAGGGAGAAAAAUAUGAUAUUACCACGUCGGACGACCUGCUGAUUCACACUUUAGUGGUGAAAGAUUGUCUGCUACUGGACAAAGGAAUCUAUUCAGCUGUGGCUGGAAUAAAAUCCUGCAGUGCCUGGCUCAUAGUGGAGGGUAACAAGGAUCCAAAUAUGGUUGGAAAGAAGAAAGCUCGCAAGACAACCCGUGCAGGGGGUGGUGGAGAGGACCUUCUCAAGGUUGCUCAGGAGCAGCAGGAGAAAUUACAAAAAGAGCGAGAUGAGUUGAUUGCCAAAGCAAAGGAAAGGGCAGAGGAAGAGGCAGCAGCAGAAGCUAGAACAGAGGUAGAAGACAGACCUGAACCCCAACCACAGAAACAGGUGAAGGUGAAGCCAGAGACAAAAGCAGACGUGGUGGCAGAUUCAGAGCCAAUAGUUGUAGAAGAGGAAAUGUCAAAACCCGAAGAACCUGCACCAGCAAAAGAGGAAGAGGAUGUUCUUGAAGAAGAAGAAUCCGUUCAAAGGAAAAGACAAAGAGUGAGAACCGGCCCACUUAUCCCAGAAACUGUUAUUGACCCAGGAGUUCAUUUCACUAGCGGACUCUUAGAUGUGACUGUGGUUAUUGGUACUGAUGCAGAACUGCUUUGCAAGCUCAGCAGGGAGGACUGCGAUGCAAUCUGGUACAAAGAUGGAAAAGAGAUAACAGCCACAGAGGACGUUAACAUCAUUAAAGAAGGCACUUGUCGCAAACUAGUUAUUAAAAACUGUACAGAAGAGGAUGCCGGGAUGUAUAAAUGUGAAGCUGACGGGCGUAAAACAGAAGCCAUGAUAAAUGUCUCAGAUCCUCCAAGAAUCAACCCCGAGGACCUUGCUGAGUUUAUGAAACCUGUAACAAUCAAAGCAGGAAAAGAUGCGUCCUUUAAGCUAACAUUCGUUGGCCGUGAGCCCAUGAAAAUCCAAUGGUACAAUGACGAGGAAGAGCUGAUGGAGGAGACUAAUGUUAAGAUUGAGAAGUCUUCCUCACAUAGCCGCCUGUGGUUAACCAAGUGCCAACGCAGAACCACUGGAGAAAUUAAGAUUAAAAUUAAAAAUGAAUGUGGAACGGUUGAAGCCAUCACGCAACUUAAUGUCCUAGAUAAGCCAACACCACCACAGGGGCCUGUGGAUAUCACUGAAAGUUCGUCCUCUUGCAUUGAGUUUAAAUGGAGACCUCCCAAAGACAGUGGUGGUUGCCCUGUAGCCGACUACAUUCUGGAGCGACAGCAAAUUGGACGUAACAGCUGGCAAAAGCUGGGCAACAUUGGCUUGGAGCCCAAGUUCAGGGACACAGAUGUAGAUCAUGGCAGGAAAUACUGCUACCACAUCAGGGCAGAAACCGAUCACGGCAUCAGUGAAAUGAUAGAGACAGAUGACAUCCAGGCUGGGACAAAGGCAUACCCCGGACCUCCUUCAUCACCAAGAAUUGUCAGUGCUUUCAAGGACUGUAUCAAUCUCGCUUGGACCGCACCAGCAAAUACAGGGGGAACAAAUAUUUUGGGAUACAAUGUGGAAAAACGCAAGAAUGGGAGUAAUCUGUGGGGCAUGGUCAACGCACCAGAUGAGCCCAUCAAAGCAAAGCAAUAUGCAGUAAAGGAUGUUGUUGAAGGUAUUGAGUAUGAGUUCAGAGUGUCAGCUAUUAAUAUGUCUGGAGUUGGGGAGCCAAGUGUACCUUCUGAAUUUGUUAUUGCAAGAGAUCCAAAGAAACCUCCUGGUAAAAUUACUGACCUGAAGGUGACAGACUCCACGUACACCACCUUGUCGCUGAGCUGGACCAAACCAGUAGAAGAAGAGGGUGUCCAAGAUGAGGCCAAAGGAUACUUUGUGGAACUACGACCAGCUGAAAACCCUGAAUGGGGUCGCUGUAACACCAGCCCCAUCGUCAUGACCACCUAUACUAUUGUGGGUCUCAAGUCCAUGGCGAUGUACUGGGUAAGAGUUUUAGCCACCAAUGACGGUGGAGACGGUGAGCCUCAAGAGUUAGACAACUACAUCAUUGCAAUGCCUCCACCAGUUAGACCCCAAUUCACUGACAGAAAAAUGAAGAACUUUAUGGUAGUGAGGGCAGGGAACUCUGUUCGAAUCAACUUCAACUUUAAGGCCUCUCCAAUGCCAGUGAUCACAUGGCUAAAGGAUGGCUUGCCUCUCCCCAAAUAUGUGACAGUGAGCAACACAGACACAUCAUCACAGCUAAUGAUACCCUCAUCAGAGCGCCAUGAUACUGGGAUCUACACAAUCAUCGUCAAGAACCUUGUUGGUCAGGAGACGUCCAGUGUUGAAAUAAGAGUCACAGAUGAUCCUAAGCCUCCAGGUCCUGUGGAACUGGAAGAGAAUGUGUCGGGAACUGUGACCGUUUUGUGGACUCCAUCUCCGGACGAGAAGAAAGACGACAGACUGCACUAUGUGGUCACCAAGCACGACUCUGUUAAACGCACUUGGCACACCGUGGCUGAUCAUCUCUUCAACAACAGGUUCACUGCUGUCAAUAUUAUGCCAGGAAGGCAGUACAAGUUCAGGAUCUACGCCAAGAAUGACAUGGGACUUUCUGCAGCAUCUGAGUCACCGGUCUGGGAGGUGAAAAAAAAGAAAGAGAGAUUUUCUUUGAAACUUCCAGCUUCCAAGAACUGCAACUUUGAGACGCCUCCAUCAUUUUCUGUUCCUCUAAAAAUGCAUCAAAGCCCCGAGAGCUACGAGUGCCACAUUAGUUGUGCCGUGACAGGGAACCCCAGACCCCAUGUUACCUGGUACAAAGAUAACAUCAGCCUAAACACCAACACCAACUACUACAUCACCAACACCUGUGGAGUCUGCUCCAUGCUAAUACUCAAUGUUGGGCCCAAGGACAGCGGGGAUUACACUGCUGUUGCAGAAAAUUAUUUGGGCAGAGCAGAGUGCUCAACAAAACUUGUUGUUAAAGAUUAGAAUGCUGCAGCAGCCCUGAACUUCAAGAUCCCUGAUCCAUCAAAAUGAAUUGAGCCGCAUUCAUUGGUUUGAAAUCUGGCUGACAUCUGUAUUGAUUUUGUCUUGUGUGUGAAAUAAUGUAUUGUAUUUAAAUAAAGUGUGACAAAAUAAAGUAUAAUACAGGAAAUUAAUACUAUCACCGAAAAAUAAAGUUUUAAAUCACAUAAAA